UAUAUAUUAUUAAAACAUCCAUUGUUAUUGCAUCAUUUAUACAUCUGCACAUUUUAAUUAUUAUUUCAUAAUUGUUUUAUGUACAUGUAUAAGUAAUGAAUGUUUUUCUCACUCAGAACCUUUCUUCAUUGGGAAGUGCAAUGAACACAUCUAAAGCUUGCCAUGCAACGCCCAAAAUGGGGAACAAUUGCAACAUUGAUCGUGUGACCUCUCCAAUAUUAGAGAACUGUAUCACUUCGCACAACAGCCAUGACACACUACUGGAAACGGAGGAGCAGAUACUGAAUAAUAUAAGCUUAAACGAAAGUUGUGCUACAUCGGAAUCGGUCACAACUAUCUGUUUACAAGACGAGGAGCUUUGUAAAGACAGUGUGUAUAGAAGACCAAGGAAGAUGUGUUUUUUGUCGCCUGAUGCUGCCAUGUCUCCCAUCAGUCAAGUGUCUCCCAUCAGUCCAGUGAGGCUUCACGGUGAGAUAUCUCCAAGGAGUCAGCAAUUUGAAGAUCAGGGUCACAAUUCGUCACAUGUUCACAGGGAUUCAGAGUUAGUGUAUGAUGUGUCAAGUAGACCUAGACAAAAAGUGGCAGAUUUCAGUGGGAGGGGGAUAAAGGGACGUUAUGAAGGUCUAAAUGAUGCAGUAGAGGGACGUUAUGAAGGUCCAAGUGAUGCAGUAGAGGGACGUUAUGAAGGUCCAAGUGAUGCAGUAGAGGGACGUUAUAAAGGUAAUGAUGCAGAGAGUGUGGUGUCGAAUUGGACUAAGUAUUUACCUGUGGAGGAUGAAGAAGACAUAAAUGAUCUGAAUUGUUCCUAUGACCUUGAUACCUCAAUUAGAAAAAUAAAUCGUGAGUCACAAAGGUAUACAAGUAGUGUUAUGACAUUUCACAAGACAGGCAUUUAUGACCAGGUGUCAGAUUGGAAUGGUUUCAGAAGCAAUACAGGAAAUACCUCUCAGCAUGAGGUGCAUGGUGAAGCUUGGGGCCUGGGAUCGAGCACAUCAGACAUUAGAAUAAAGCAAACACCUCAGCAUGCAGCAAGGGACCCGGGAACAAGCACAUCAGACAGAGGAAAGCAAACACCUCAGCAUGCAGCAGGGGGCCCAGGAACAAGCACAUUGGACAUUAGAGGAAAGCAAACAACUCAGCAUGCAGGAGGGGGCCCAGGAACAAGCAUAUUGGACAUUAGAGGAAAGCAAACAACUGAGCAUGCAGCAGGUGGCCCAGGAACAAGCAUAUUGGACAUUAGAGGAAAGCAAACAAAUCAGCACGAGGUGUACAAUGCAGCAGGGGGCCCAGGAACAAGCACAUUGAACAUUAGAGAAAAGCAAACAUUCGGUUUUAAAAAUAAUCUGCAUUCUAACAACAGUGAAUUAUUGGAGAAUGAUGAAGGUAGUGAUCAGAGGACUCUUUCUAAGAAAAAUAUGGAUAGUUUUCAUAGGGGCAAGAUUACAAAAACAUAUAUGGAGGAUUGCUCUAGUUUAGAUGUCAUUCAAAAACCAAAUUAUACCUCACACCAACAGAAUGAGAGAAAAUCAGCCAAUCAGUGUAUAGAACUGACAAAAUCAACCAAUGAGUGUAUAAAUCUGACAAAAUCAACCAAUCAGUAUAUAGAUCUGACAAAAUCAACCAAUCAGUGUGUAGGACUGUCCCCAGCCCUGGAUGCUGUAUGUCUGAGUUCCUCUCCAAGUCUGUACAAUUCUCCAGACUUGAAAUCUCAGAGACUUAAUUCCCCUGUCAGGCGGUCCUUCCUGUCUGAGUCUCAAUGUGAUCAAAUUAGUGACUCUGUCAGUCAGACAGUACCUCAGUGUGUGAAUUCCCACAAUAAUACUAGAGUUAGUUCCCCUUCCAGUCAGAGAGUGCCAGAGACACAGAUGAACAUUCCAAUAGGUUCUGUGGUAUUGAUCAGCAGUAAGGAGAGAUUUAAUCCACCGGAAAUGAAUCCCGCCUCUUCACCAAACAUUCUCAUUGGAACAAAGAGGAGUUUAUGGGAUGAUCUUCAGUUUGCCAGUCUGGCUGAGGUAGAAAACAACCCCACCCCCGUUAGAAGGAUUGUCAUCCCUACUGUGUUCUCCUCACCACUACAGUACAAACAGGUUCUCACAGCCACACUUAAAGAACAUUUGAAUAUUAUACUGUUUGUUCUGGCCAAGCGGUACCACCAGGCCAUGUCAAAGACAGACACUUCAAACCUCACUUUUCCAGUUAAGAACACCUUGAGUAAUCAGAAUAAGAAGACAACAGGUGCUCCUCUACCCCCUUGUCUGUGUGGUGUCUCCUCCAAACUGGUCCAGGUCAGAAAGGACGGUCCCAACAAAGGAAGAUUUUUCUACUCCUGUACCAAUCCAACCAAUCAGCGGUGUAGGUUUUUUCAGUGGGCUGACUCUGCUGGAAAUGUCAGUCUGCAUCACAUGGGAGGAGCUAAAAUAAAAUUGACAGAUGCUGGGACUGUCACUUCAUAUUUUCGUCAACAGCAUAUCAUGUUGUACUGCCACUGCCAGUUCCUGCAGAAGUCAAUGGAGAACAUCCUGGCUCACUUUAAAAACCCAUGGUCAAAGCAGAAAUACCAGCGAGAAAAUAAAAUGCAGAGGAAAUUUUUCAUCCGACUGUCCAGAAAAGACCCCUCAACACUGUUUUCUAAAGAUGAUUUAUGGAUAAUUUCGAGAGACCUAAGUUUCGAUUUGACCUGUACCUUUUUGGCCAGAAGCUCGUACUAUGGACCAACAUCAGGGAAUGAAGUGGAAAUCGAGCCACUGUCCAAGUUCUCACCAUCCAAUUGGAAUAAUGAAGAUCCAUGUCAUGCUAUCCUGGCUGGAAAUGUCUCUUCUGAGCUUAGUUACCUUGACAACUUAGAGGAAAAUCUACAACAAUCUGGUGUCCCUAUACUCAGCCAGCUACUGUAUGUGGAGGAUGAUAGUGCUUGUAAAACAAACAAGGGGUUCCAGCCUCCUAGGAUGAAGCGGGGACAAGCAGCAUGCAACAUACAUGUCCCAGUGUAUGCAAUGAAUGAGCUGGUGAUGGAGUUUAUGAAAACCUAUUCUUUAAAUGUGGACCAAGGUACAGCAUUAGGAAGACUGGCGGCGAUGUUCUGCGAGGACAGUCAUAGUGACAUGUCCUCAAUACUUCUUAUACAUGGAGUGUUUGGAGCUGGGAAGAGUUUCCUGCUGUCAGUGAUGAUACGGUUUCUGGUCAGGGUGUUUGAGGUCAAUGGAAGUUACACCCCAGGGCUGCCCUACCCCUGGAAAAUCCUCAUUUCUUCCACCACAAACGUGGCCGUGGACCGAGUUCUUAUGGGAUUACUAGACAUCGGCUUUGAAGAUUUUGUAAGAGUUGGGAGUAUGAAAAAGAUUGCUAAACCAGUCUUACCGUACAGUGUACAUGCCACGGGCACAGAAACCCACGAACUUAAGGAUCUGCAGGAGAUGCUAAGAAGUGGGGACCUUAGUGCCUCAGAAAAACAUAAUGUGAGACAGAGUAUAGAGAAACAUAAACUUGGAGAAAAUAAAAAGAAGUUGAGCAGCGUGUCCGUGGUAGGAGUCACCUGCGCUUCCUGUGUGGCCCCCUGCCUUAAAGACUUAAAGUUUCCGGUGAUGAUAGUGGAUGAAUGCAGUCAGAUGACCGAACCUGCGUCUUUGUUUCCUGUCUCAAAGUUCGCUUGUCAAAAACUGGUGCUUGUGGGAGAUCCAAAGCAACUGGACCCCACAAUACAAGGUUCAGAGGCCAACCAUACCCAGGGUUUGGAGCAAACCAUGUUUGACAGACUCAUCAAAAUGGGUCACAUCCCCACCAUGCUAAGAACCCAGUAUCGCUGUCACCCCAUCAUCAGUAACCUUGCCAACACUCUGUUUUAUCAAGGUCAGCUGUCAGAUGGUAUUGAGCCUACAGACAGGGAACCUUUACUGGAAACUUUGCCCCCACUCUGUUUUUAUGAUGUGUCUAAUGGACAAGAAAACUGUGACUCUGGUGGCAGUUUUUCAAAUGAAAAAGAGGCAGACUUUGUGGUCUUUAUGAUAGAAGCUUUGGUCAAUGCAGGGGUGGAUUCAACUUCUAUUGGAGUGAUUACCCUCUAUAAAUCCCAGAUGUACAACAUCAUGGCCAAAUUAGGCACCAGCAGAAACUGUCAGAAGGAGACCAAGUCCAUCCUUGUGUCCACGGUGGAUGCCUUUCAGGGCGGAGAGCGAGACGUCAUUAUCCUAUCGUGUGUACGCACCAACCACACAGGCUUCAUAGACAACCACAAAAGGACAAAUGUUGCAUUGACUAGAGCCAGGAACCACCUGUUUAUUGUUGGUCACUUACAGAAUCUGGAAAAAAAUCUUCUCUGGGGAAAGGUCAUUACCAUGUGUAAAGCCUGCUGUGACGGGGUGCAGAAUGCUGAGGAAGCUCGAUAUAAUCUUGGUUUUCUUCAAUCAGAGGAGUCCUCUCAAGACUCGUCAUCCAAUCCAAAAUCAGCAAGCUCAGGACAAAAUCAAAAACGAAAACAGGAGGAAAUGGAAAGUCCACCAAUGUCCUUGUCAGGACACACAGAUGAGUUAGUCUGUGAGAGUCCUGUCACAAUCAGUUCCUCUGAAAUGUUGGACGAGGUUCCCCAAAAACAGGUCAAGCGAAGGCGAGGACUUCCACAAAUUGACGUCACACUUCUAGACAGCGACAAAGAAAAUGAGGACGAAGACAGUGAUGAAGAUGAACUUCCUGUGUUUAAUGUUUGACUUUACACCGAGAUGAAAAUUCAAACAUGAAAAUCUAUAUUCAGAAAAUGAGGUGUUCUCUCUGAUUUUGCAUAAUGUGAGUACUGAAUGAUGCAGGUGGAUCAGAUUUGGGGGAAAAGACAGGUGUUAUAUAAUUAUAAUGAUGUAGUUUAUCAUCUCCGAUAUACAUGUAAAUUAUGUUUGUCAAAUGUGAUAUGUGAAAUGUCCAUUUCAUGUAAUGUGAUAUACCAAUUCUUGUGAUACAGUUAUCUUUUAAAUAUUGAGAAAUAGUAGUUUUCAAAUUGACAGUAUGAUAAAUUUUACUUUAAA